AUGUUUCGUUUCAUAUUCAAAACCCGGUUAGUUCAACAGAGAACCAUAGACUUCAAUAUCAAUUAUUCUAAUGUCCGGUAUCUUCAGACUCUACAAUCUGUAAACUCAAUUGCAGCACCCACCGGAGACCAACAGUCUUUAACAGUCUCUUACCUUUCAAACGCAUGUGGGUUGUCUUUAGAAAAAGCUAUCAAAGCUUCUAAGCUAGUUGACAUAAAAAACACUCAGAAACCAAACUCAGUUCGUCAAUUGUUAAGGUCUCAUGGAUUUGCUACAUCCCACAUCACUAGUUUAGUUUCUAAGAACCCAUCUAUUCUGUUGGCUGACGCAGACAAAAAUCUUAAACCCAAGAUGGAGUAUUUUGAAUCGGUGGGAAUUAGAGGACCUUUCUUGCCUAAGUUUCUAUGUUCAGAUAAAAGAAUUUUGAAGUCUAGUUUAAAGAACCAUAUAAUACCCACCUUUGAUUUCCUUAGAGGCUUUGUCGAAACCAAUGAGAAUCUUAUCAGUGCUUUGAAGCAAUCCACCCGUGUCAUUGGCAACAAUGUUCAGAAGCAUAUGGGGCCGAAUUUGAACACUCUAAGGGCACAUGGUGUGCCUGAACCUCAUAUUGUGAGACUGAUUAUGUUAAAGCCACAAUCGCUUCUUUUGAGAGCUGAUAUGUUUGAAAAUGUGGUUAAUGCCUUAAAGGAAAUGGGUUUUGAACCAACUAGUAUGUCUUUCAUUAUAGGUUUUAGGUCAAUGACGAAUUUUGGCAAAUCGAAAUGGGAAAGUAAAAAGGAGACUCUGAUGAGCUAUGGUUGGUCUGAAAGUGAUUUCCUUUUGGCAUUUAAAAGACAACCGAUAUUAAUGCUUUGCUCGGUGAAGAAGAUUAGGGUAUUGAUGGAUUUCUUCGUGAAAAAAAUGGGAUUGAAGUCAUCAGACAUUGUUAGAUGUCCUAACUUGUUGAUGUUUAGUCUGGAGAGGAGAAUCAUUCCAAGAGUGUCGGCUCUCAAAGUUGUGAUGUCAAAAAAGUUGUCAAAGAAGGAUAUAGAUGUAGUCUGGUAUUUAAAUAUGAGUAAAAAGGACUUCGAGAAAAGAUUUUUGACCUGUUAUAUGGAUGGUAACCCUGAAGUGAUGGAGGCGUAUAAGAGUUCGCUGGAUUCUCGAGAUUCAUUUAUUGGAUUCUAG